AUGAGUCCGUCUGUGUUUUUCUGGGUCACCUACGUGCCGUGUCUGUGUUUGGGCCUGCUCUGUCUGCUCUUUGUGAGCUUCUGGAGCUCACACUGGCACGGUGGCUUCUCCUGGGACGGCUCAGCUCUGCAGUUCAACUGGCAUCCUGUCCUCAUGGUGGCUGGACUGGUGGUUCUGUAUGGCAAUGCGGUUCUUGUGUUUCGCAUGCCGUUCACCUGGAAGCAGAAGAAGAACACCUGGAAGCUGGUGCACGCCGGCCUGAUGCUCCUGGCUCUGCUCCUGUCCGUCCUGGGCCUGUGUGCCGUGUUCGACUACCACAGAUCCUUACAAAUCCCCGACAUGUACUCUCUGCACAGCUGGGUGGGCAUCUGUACUGUGAUCAUGUUUGCAUUCCAGUGGGUUCUUGGUCUGGCCGGCUUCUUGCUUCCUUGUUCUCCGCUGCCGUUCCGCAGCAACCUGAAACCCGUCCACAUCUGGAUGGGUAAAGCCAUCUUGAUCCUCAGUCUGACCUCUUGCAUCAGUGGUAUCACCGAGAACCUGUUCUUUUCUCUAGAUGGAGUCAGUGGUGAACCUUACAGCUCACUGCCUGCAGAGGCAAAGUUUGCAAACUCCCUGGGGAUCCUCAUUGUGGCCUUUGUUUUGGUCGUCUUUGGCAUCCUGUCCAAAAACAGCUGGCAGCGGCCGGAAUCAGAAAAUGAAAGUAUUCCUAGCUGA